UGAUUUGGUAAACUGAUUUUGAAAUGCGUUCCUAUUUACUUUGAUUGAUAUAUCCAUUAUGUGAAUAUAUAGCUGUGGUUUUAACUUACAAUCUUUUGCUUUGAUAUGUAUCCUAACUUUUUUUAUUUAUUAUUUUGCCCCAUAUUACAAAGUAUCGAUUUGAAUUGUGUUAACAGGGAAAGAAUAGUUAAAUAUACCCUUGAUAUGACUUGAUAUGGUUGAAAUGAAGUAAUAUGGUAAAAUAUGAGUUGAUAGAUAUGGGAUUUUUUUGUUUUUUACAACCAUUGAAUCCUAGUUUUGUUUCAAACUAUACUGAAAGUUACAUAUUGAUAUUAUAUUGAAUCAAAUGCAACUGGAGAUGACAUAUACGGUACAUGCCGUGUCCACUGUGGCGCCACAAGUGAUUAGUCACCAAUGAAUCAAUCACUAGUUGAACCUAUUGACUGAUUUGGUAAAGCAUAGCAACCGCACCAAGCAAAGACCACUUGGUGAAAACAACCCAUGUUCGUUCAAAACCUCACUGCGUGCAUUUGUAUUCGCCAUGUUUAUCCAAGAAUUUUUUUUUUUUUUUUUUUGCAUGAAAAUGCUGAGGAGUUGUGUAGGCAUUGGUUGUUUGACCCACAAUAUGAUGGGAAAGAAAGGUCUCACCUUUCACUAAUUCCCAGAUCACGAGAAGAAACUCAAAAAAUGGAAUUGAUAGGUUCAGGCCAUGAAAUGUGUAAAUGCUAAUGAGAGCUCUUGGGCACCUGUUGGAAAAUAUGUUUACAUUAGAAAUAGAGAAGGUGUGAUAUAACAAUGUAUAGGUUAAUCCAACUCUUAUAUUCAAUAAAAUUUACUAAGCAGAUUUAAAUAUUUUCCAUCAGGGGGUCUUAUCAGCUUUUACGCGUUUUGUACCCUGAACCCAUCACUUCCAUUUUUCAGGUUUCUUCUCGCAAUCUGGGAAUAUAUGAAAGGUGAGACCAUCCUUUCCUAUCAUAAUGUGAUCAGAACAAUCAACAGAAUUGGCAAUUCAAUGUUAGGCCACUUCAAAGAAUUGUCGAUCCAAAUUUCAGCAGGUACACGAUAUGGACACUUACAGCUGCACAGCCUAUAGUUUCACUUCAUGACACUUUUUCUCACCAAUAGUAAAUGUAUAUUUUUAAAUUGCCAUUUGUAUUUUUUAAUGACAUGAUAUUCACAAUGUUGGAAAGGACAAUAGCAUCAAUAUUAAUAGUAUAAAAAAGAAAAAAAUUGAGGAAAGGGGAAAUUGGGUGAGGUCACAGACUUCCAGUUGACUCCGUGAUGGCUGAGCACUUCAUGGACUCAUCUCUGCAUAAAUGUAUUGAAUAUUACAUAUUCCAGAGACUAUGGGUUAGAUUAUAAAAUAGGAAAUGACUACUGGUAUGGCAGGAAAGUCUUCGACUGGUGUCCUGCACAUUUGGUAAAACAAACAAGAUGGCGGCGUCUUGACACGAGAAGAUGAUACCACUCUCAAGUAGAUUUGGUUAGUGAUGUCAUGGAUUACCGGCCACGUCAUUAAUAUGUCACAUUGUACCGAAAACAUCAUGAAAAUGUCACAGCAUACCAAGUCCCACAAUCCUGCUACCAACUUAGGCAGUAUGUAUAUUGGCAUAGCUUCCAGAGGAUGAUCCUGCUCAUCAAAAUGCCUGGCAUGUUAUGGUAUAAGCAUAUUUUCCAGGUAUUACAAGCAAAAUGAGUCAUGUGACAAACUACAAACUGCUAUGAAUAUAUGGACAUGACAGAGCAGGGAGAUAUAGAAAACCAUGCAAUUCUACAUUUGUCUUCAUCAAGUGAAGAUGAAAAUCUAACAGAGAUACCCAAAAGAGUGAGUCAUAAUAAUAAAGAAUCAUCUUUGAGGGAAAAAAUAAUGGAUAAACAGAGUACAUCUCACUCAUCUAGAGGGAGGGCAGUAUGGUUUGAAGAAGAGUCUAUAGAACCCUGCAGAAGUCCACAUAUUGAUGAUAAUACAGGUGACAGUGACCAUGUUGAGGAGUAUGAAGACCAAGAUGAUAUGGAUUUCUUAGAAAGUGAAGAGUCUUUUGUACAAGAUGAUGAGGCUGAAGGACAGUUCAGCAAUAGUUUUGGGGCAAGAGCAGGAAGACAUGGUAGUCAUCAUUCUUUCAUGAAUAAUGUCAACCAAGAAAAGACACUACCCCUUGGGAGAAAAACAGUAAUAUAUGGUCAAACUCCAGUUGCCAUACGGAAAUCUCAGUUAAUUGACAUGGCACAAGCAAGUGGAAUGGCUGUAGAAGACUUUGCAAAAUUUAUUCUAAAUAGUAAUGCACAACAGAAAUUAGGGUGUUUACGUUUGUAUCAUACAACUAAACUUCAUCAGUUGUCAUAUCUUUUCGAUGAAUUAGAUACAUGUCUAAAAAGGAAUGAGGAUGAAAUAAGAAUUGCUAGUCAUCACAACAAUACAGCACGUGGUAACUCUAAUGAGGUUAGAAUGGAAAGUAAGACAGAUAAUGUAUCUAGUGAUAUACAUUCAACCAAAAAAGGAAUAAGAGAAGGUGAAGCAGGAUCUAAUGUUAGAAUACAAAAUGAAUAUGAUAAAAGAUACAAUCCUCUCUUUAAUGUAGAAAAUACAGUAACGGGAAAACCAGUAAUGAAAAAUCAAGUGACCAUAAUAUCUGAUACUGACAGUGACCAAAGUGAUGCAGACUACAUUCUGCCAUCACCAAAUUCAUGUUAUUUACAAAGAAAUUUGCAAAGACAGUUAGAUAUAGUGCCUAAUGGAAACACUAAAAACACACAUAAUGGGCAUUUAGAAAAUGGCUUAGGACAACUUCCUGCAAAAGGUUUCUUAGGAACACCACCAAGCAGUAGCUCUGCCAGUACAGUAAGUAGUGUGUUUGGCCCAUUAAUUGGGAAUCAUAGUGCUCAUUCUAGUUUACAUGAGGCUCCUGAACAAGCUAAUAACAUUAGUAAUACCAGUGAUUAUAAUCAAUUCCUUGACACACUUUUUGACAGUACAUCCUCAAAUAACACAGAAAACAAUAAUAUGUCAAAUAGAUACAAUACAAUAUCACUCUGCCAUAAUUCUUACCAAGGCAUAAGUAAUGGUUAUCAGGAAAAUGAAGAUUGCAAUAAAGUAUUAGACACAAUUCUGUUUGGAGAAUCUCCAUGUUCAACACAGUCACAAUAUCCAUAUGGUAAUUCUGAAUGUAAAAUUCUUGAUAAUAAGAAAAAAGCUAGCAGUGAUUUAGAUUUGCAAAGCAAUAAUAUACCAACCAAAUCCAACUCACAAGAAAAUGGAAAAGAGGUAAACAAGAAAGAUAAAAGGCCUACAAAUAUUUUUCCUUCAUCAUUUGAACUUAGCCAUUCACCUUGGGGAACUCUGGAUCAGCUUUUUGAUGAUUAAGGGGCAUUUUUCAAAACGCUCAAAAUAUUUAUAUACAAGAAAUACUCCCUUCACCAAAGUGUAUGAUUUAAAUGUCUGGCAUAGGUUUAUAUGGACAAAGGUCCUAACCCACUGGAAGGGGUGUGACAGGUUAGAACCUUCUAUGCACAUAGAAUAAAGGAAAUUUUCCAUUGAAAAUUUGCUUCACCAGCCUAGUUGAAUGUAUUGGUCUGGGAGGGUGGAGAGCCAUUUUCAACUUGUGCAUAGGCUCUGUAGCCACUUAGGAAGCUAGUGAUACUUGAAUAUCAAGGAGGGCAUGCUUACCUCUGGCUUCCUGUAUUUUGUCUUUAAUUCUGUUAAAAAUAAACGUCUUUCUAAUGAUUUAGUUACUCUGACGGCAAAAAUUUAAUGUUCAGACAGGGUCCUCAUAGGGCCUAACUGUUGUUAUUCCUUUAAAUAAAGUAUUUGUAACUAAA